CUCAAAUCAGUGAUUAGAUGACCAAGUUCUUUCAUUUUUAUUCUUAGUUGAACUGGGAGUUGUGUUCAUUUCCCCAGCCAAAUCCUGCUUACGUCGUUGCUCAAGACUUGAUUUGAUCAGGCUAGAGACCAGGCAGGCGAGCGGUCACUUCAGAAUUGGACUGAUUGUGUGCUCGUUGCCACGACUGCUCAGCAUCUACCAUCGCUUCAUCCUCUUUGACCGGACGAUCUGCCACUCAUCUCACCAUCCACACGUUCACAAACAUGGACAUCCAACGCAUGGCACGAGGCUCCUCCAUAUCGGCCACUAGCAGCCUCAUCGAUCUGCCAGAGUAUAUUAUGACCUCAUUCCUUCCCGGUGCGAGACCUCUGCUGGACAGAUAUCCUCGUCUCUUUCGCUUCCUCGGAGCUCUGCUGGCCUUGUGGUAUUUUGGUCCACUCACUCGGCUGCAGACGCUUUGGUAUCGCUUUUCUUCCCUAUUGGUCUCGUCCGUCACGAUUUCCAACGAUGAAGAUCUCUUCCAAUACAUGACCUCCUACAUCGCUGGCAAGACAUCCCUGCGAGCCGACCAGUCUCUCACCGCAACACUCAACCAACCAGGUGAGCCCAAGCGCCUUCAUCGCCACCACCCCGAGUAUGAAGAGAUCUCUCAAUCCAAAAACCAGGAUCCUAAAGUCAGAUUCGAGCCCACCCAGGGUCUUCAGAUAUUUAUCCACCAGAAACGGAUCUUCUAUGUCGCUAGGAAAUACGGCGAUGGUGAUGCAUUUGUGAACAGCCGCUUGAGGCGUGCCGAAGUUCUCACUCUGUAUUGUCUCGGACGCUCUCCCCAGCCGAUCAAAGAUCUUGUCAACUACGUCUACUAUCUCAACAAGGACAAAGAGCGAGGUUCCACGAUUAUUCGUCGUCCCUAUAAUGCGGGAUACGGCAGCCGUCUCACCUGGUCUCGGUUGACAUCCAAACCGCGUCGUGGGCUCAACACAGUUGUUCUCGAGGCCAACCAAAAAUUGCAGGUCAUCGCAGACGUGGCGGAAUACAUGGCCGAAUCUACAAUGACAUUCUAUGCCGACCAUGGCAUCCCGUACCGACGUGGAUACCUAUUUCAUGGACCGCCCGGCGUCGGCAAGACCUCACUGGCGUUGGCUGUCGCUGCAAAAUUCAAACUCGACGUUUAUAACUUGACUCUCCUCGACGAAGAUCUCACCGAUUCAGGGCUCAUCUCUCUGCUCAACCAACUUCCCGCAAGAUCGUUGUUGUUGUUGGAAGACGUCGACUCGGCCGGGCUUGGCCGCAAGGCCAAAAGCCGCCGGAAUCGACGAGCAAAAGGCGCAGAUACAGACGCCGAUGAUGACAGCGACUCCGACAGCGCAUCCACCAUGUCUCGCGUGACGUUGUCAGGUCUCCUGAAUGCUAUUGACGGAGUUGCCGCUCCUGAAGGUCAUGUCCUCAUCAUGACAACCAACAAACCACAUGAUCUGGAUGACGCCCUUGUCCGCGCAGGUCGAAUCAGUUGUCGAGUCGCCUUUACCCAAGCGAGCAAGGCCCAGGCCGAGGAAAUCUUCCUCAACAUGUACGUAGAACAACCUCAGAGCAUUAGCAAAGUCGAGGUGUCGCCUGAAAUACUCGAUGCCACGGACCUCGCGGGUCACGGUAGUCACGCGUCACCUCAGCUGCGUCAGUUGUCAAAAGCGUUUGCUGACGCCGUCCCCGACUUUGACUUUUCCCCGGCCGACCUUCAGGACUAUCUUCUAAUGCACAAGUCUGAUGCACAAAAAGCCGUCGAUCAGGUCGGCGCCUGGAGAGAAGAAAAGUAUGAAGAGCGUGCCUUGAUGGAAGAGGAAAUUGCAGCCGAGCGUGAGGCGAAGAAAGCACGAAAAGCGCAACGGGUCCGCAAGGCAAUAUCGAAGCAGGCCAAGCUAAACCACAAGGCAUCGACGGACGGGGAAUCAUCCGCAGGUGAAAGUCAGUCAGGGUCACCCGAGGAUGAAACCAAGGCAGAGGGGAAUGGAGAAAGUGAGAAAAAGCGAGACAGAUCUGACUUGCCAAAAAGAGGCGGAACGGGUCAGAUGCUAGGGAGACACAAGCGUUGGGGCAGGUCGGAUGGUCCUGCGCCAUGAGUUAUCGCAACAUGGGAAGUCUGCCACGGGAUAACAUCUUUAACUUGACUAGCAGCCAUAGACUGCAUGUGGUGCUGGGGCACGCUUUGAAGCAACAAUUGACAAAGAUGAUGGAUCCGACACUGUCGGCAUCCCUGGUUUGGGUAAUAGACAGUAUUUGAUAUACAGGCCAAGAUAUACAGGCCAAGACACAGCAUCGAGC